GAAUUGAGUUCACAAAGAAAGAGACUGACUGCUCUUUGUGAAAACAAUAAAAUGAACAUUAACAUUUUGACCCGUCGAUGAACUGAUAAGCUGUUUAUUAAUACCAGACUCUCAGCCGGCUAUCAGACAUUUGCAAGAUGAAUACCACUGCAAUUGGAAGUAUUUUGCUCGCCUGGCUGUGGGUCCUGCUUCUCCUUCGCCCUCAGCCAGGAUCCGGGCAGCUCCUGGACGCGGCAUGCGGAAUUCGUGCUGCCUCUAUUGCCUCCAAAGUGAUCCGCGGCAACAUUGCUGGAUUGACAUCUAGCCCCUGGAUGGUAUUUCUUCACUCGACCGACGAUCGAUUUGUUUGUGGCGGAACUCUGAUCACUAACCGACUAGUACUAACGGCAGCGCAUUGUUUUCUACCCAACACACAACUGGUUGCUCGUCUGGGAGAGUACCAAAGAAGCCAGGAUGACAAGUGUCAUAACACUGCGGCGGGUCCUUACUGCACUAUUCGAGAGGAGCACUAUAUAGAUGCUGGCUUUAGGCAUCGGCUCUAUGAUAAGGCAACGCAAUCCAACGAUAUUGCUAUUCUACGAAUGAUAACACCUGUGGUCUACAAAGACAACAUAAGGCCCAUUUGCAUCGUCUUGAAUCCCUCGUGGAGAACCUUCAUCGAUAACCUGACUACCCUCGUCGCCACUGGGUGGGGCAGGACCCAUAAUGAGACCGACAGCGAUCACCUGAUGACCCUGAAUAUUGCACGCCAGGAUCCUGAGAUCUGCACCGAAUAUAUUAGGAGUCGUCCCCUAGCGAGUAAUCAGUUUUGCGCCGGCAACAUGAACAGCAAUAUGUGCAACGGCGACUCCGGCGGUCCGCUGGGGGCAAUGGUUCGAAUCGGAAAUCAAAUGCGUUUCGUCCAAAUCGGCAUCGCCAGCUAUACAAACAGGCAGUGUGCCUAUGCCAGCGUUUUCACCGAUGUCCUGAGCCACGCGGACUGGAUUCUCAAGGUGGUGCGAAAAUAUGGCGAUGGUCAGCCUAUGCCACAGCAAGCUCGAUCAGAUAAUUAUUUGUGGAUGAGGCAACCGCAAGGGAGAGUUCAAGCACAAACAAGGCGUCCUCUGGUGGAAGGUAACAACCAAAGAUUUAGUCAAAGCUUCAAUUAUUUCACGACAUGGCCGGUAAUCUGGUAGGACCAGACCUUGUGCUAGGAGGAUAAUGAACAAGCCACUGUUCAUGUACAUUAUGC